UUCUUUCUUUUUUUUUUAAAUAUAUAAAAAACGCGUAUUAUUGUUAUUACAUAUAUUAAAAGUGCGAAUACAUGAUUAAGAUAUUAAGGCUAGUUUUAGCGGGUCUGUGUUUCUGUUGUUGCUUGCAGCACAGGAAGGAAGCGAGGGUGCAGACAGGUAGCCACGUAUAGCAGCUGGCAGCGGCGGCUGAUGGGUUUGUAGAAAUGCAUUUUUUUUUUUGUAAUAAUAAACAAUACUUCAGUGAAAAACUCGUAAAUCAGAUUAGACGGGUAUAGCCGGACGUAGCAGACAACUGAUAAGAUGGAGCAAAGGGUCCUGGUAAUGGCUGGAAUAUCUGAUGGUUAGUAUCCUCUCCUCCAGGGGUUUUGUACUGCAAGUGAAAAUCAACCAAGUUUAAAAUGGUUUGAGGAAUUGAAUCUGUUGUUACACGCCCUCUGAAGCGACUGCAUCCAGUGGACAACAGGACAAUAUCUUCACACUGAAAUACAAAUUCGGAGGGUUAAGCAAAGUGGCCGGUUUCAUUGGUAGUCCUCGUCAAGAUGGAAACUGUGUCAAAUCAACACGACUCCGUGGGAAGUUGUGAUGGGAACUCUGAAUCUCUGCCGGAGUGCGGAAUGAAGGAAGAGACACCCACUGUGGGGCAUGGACUAAACGGUUCUCCUUUUAACCCAAACAAGGUGCCAAAUGGAGACAAAGCCCUGGCUGUCAUGGGUACAGGCGGUGAAGGAGACGUCGCCCCGAACGGACCCCUGUCCCAGCUCCAGGAGAGCCCACAGAGCCAGGAGCCAUCCUCAGGUGUGGCUGCUUUCCAUCACAACCUAACGAAGCCUCAGGGAGAUAAUUCUGAGGGCACUGUUCAUAACAGGGACGCUUUGCAGUCUCUCAAACUAAGUCUACCCAUGCAAGAAACUGAAUUGUGUUCGACAGAGCCUUCCUUGGAGCUGGAGAACGAGGAGCAGAUCCGACUGCAGGCACGGAGACGCCUGGAGGAGCAGCUGAAACAGUACAGGGUCCAAAAGCACCAGCACAGGUCGCACCAUUCAACCCCGAAAAACCGUCUGUCGAGUACGCUGGACCCAGAGCUGAUGCUGCACCCCGAUGCUCUCCCCCGAGCAAGCACAACCUCCAUGACCACGGAGUACUCCUUCAUGCGGACCAGUGUCCCCCGGGGACCCAAACUAGGGAGCCUGGGGAUCCCUCCGCCCGCUAAGGAGAAGAAGAAAUCUUCAAAAUCCUCCGGUAGAAUUCGCUCCCUGGCAGACUACAAGGAGCCAGAUGCUGGGAACAGCAGCAGCAGCGCGAGGUCACAGGCAGCAGUGGACAGCACCCAGGGAUCCGUGCAUUCAAGCAGGAGCUCCACGUCAGUCGUGUCGGAGAUGAGCCUGGCCUCGGAGACGGAGGAGCGGCUGGAGACCUCCUUGCAGAUGAGGAACAGCAUUUCGGAGCUCGACGGCAGUGAAUCAGGGGUCCGGCAGGACGGCAAUGAGAGUGACAGCUCCUCCUACAGCAGUGCCUCUGUGGCCGGGGGCGGCUUCAGCAUGCUGUCGUCGGGGUGGAGCGGGCAGAGGGAUUGGGGAGAGAUCGCCCCGGAGGCUGUGGGGCAGUACCCCUCUCUGCAGGAGGUCCUGCAGGCUGCCACGGAUGAACUGCACCUGCUGGCUCAGGAACAAGAGAUGAACGGAGUGCGGAGCCGCAGGGACAGUAUUUCUAGCAGCGUAUCCUUAGGGAGCUCUGUAAUAGGAAGCCAUGAUGAAAUGCUGCAGGUCCUGAAGGAGAAGAUGAGGCUGGAGGGGCAGCUGGAGUCUCUGUCAGCAGAAGCCAGUCAGGCUCUGAAGGAGAAGACGGAGCUGCAGGCGCAGCUGGCCUCAGUGAACGCUCAGCUCCAGGCCCAGCUGGAUCAGAACCAGGCCAGCCAGCAGACCCAGAGCAACCUCACCUUGGAGGUGGGGAACCUGCGACAGAACUGCUCCGAGCUGGAGAAAGCCAUGAGCGAGCUGCAGGGCAGCCUGGAGGCCAAGAACGGCAGCCUGGCCUCCCUGAGCAACGACCUGCAGGUGGCGGAGGAGCAGUACCAGAGGCUCCUGGGCAAGGUGGAGGAAAUGCAGCAGAGCGUCUCCUCCAGGGACAACACUGUUCAGCAGCUCCGGCAGCAGAUGGGUGCCCUGCAAGCCCAGCUCCUGCAGGUGCAGUCUGAGCGCAGCACGCUGGUGAGCAGGCUGAAGACCUUGCAGUCAGAGGUCAGCUCCCUGCAGAACGCGCGCCAGUGGUACCAGCAGCAGCUCACCCUGGCCCAGGAGGCCCGGGUCCGACUGCAGAGCGAAAUGGCCAACAUGCAGGCUGGCCAAAUGACCCAGACAGGGGUGCUGGAACACCUUAAACUGGAGAAUGUGACGUUAUCCCAUGAGCUGACAGAGACCCAGCAACGAUCCAUCAAGGAGAAAGAGCGAAUCGCUGUGCAACUCCAGAACAUCGAGGCUGACAUGCUGGACCAAGACGCUGCGUACCGGCAGAUCCAGGAGGCCAAGUCCAUGGUGGAGGAGGACCUGCACCACAAACUGGAAGAGUUAGAAGAGGAGAGGGAUGUCCUGCAGAGGCUGGCCAGCUCUGCCAGCACAGUGGAGAGGGAGCUGGAGCAGGUGAAGCUGGCUCUCACUCAGAAGGACCUGCAGCUGGAGGCUGUGCAGCAGGAGCACUUGGAUCUGAUGAAGAAGCUCACCCUAGCCCAGGAGGCUCUACACACCAAGGAGCAGUCUCUGAGCGGGCUGCAGGCACGCUACGAGGAGCUGGAAGCACAUCUCUCCGAGCUGCAGGGCGAAGCCGACGCCCAGGACCAAACCAUCCAGUCCCUGCAGAACGAAAAGAUCAUCCUGGAGGUGGCACUGCAGGCGGCGCGGGCUGAGCAGGAGGGGCUGGACGAGGGGGCCCGGCGGAUCGGGGAGGGGGCCGAGGCGGCUUUGGAAAUCCUGGAGCAGCUCAGACAGGAGGUCAAAGUCAAGGCCACUCAGAUUGAAGGUAUGCAGCAGGAGAACAGCAGCCUGAAGAAGCAAACUCAGAAGCUAAAGGAGCAAUACCUCCAGCAGAAAAUCAUGGUGGAAGCCUAUCGGCGUGAUGCGAGCUCUAAGGAUCAGCUGAUCAGCGAGUUGAAAGCCACGAAGAAGAGGCUAAACUCAGAGGUGAAAGGGUUAAAGCAGGAGCUGCUGAACACACAAGGGGAGAGGAAGUGUGCGGAGCUGGAGCAGUCCCGGCUGGGCAAGGAGGUGGCUCGGGUCCAGCAGCAGAUCACCAGUCUGCAAACACACCUGGAGAGCGCGCAGAGAGAGAGAGACCAGCUAGAGCUUCAGCUUCAGUCAGUCCAGUUCGACCAAGGUCAGCUCGCAUCCGUGACAGAGGAGAACGCAGAGCUGAGGAAACAGGUGGAGCAAAUGCAACAAGAAGCCAAAAAGGCUAUCUCAGAGCAGAAGGUGAGAAUGAAGAGGCUGGGGACAGACCUGACGAGUGCUCAGAAAGACAUGAAGGUGAAGCACAAGGCUUACGAGAACGCAGUGGGGAUCCUGAGCCGGAGACUGCAGGAAGCCUUGACAGCCAAGGAGACGGCAGAGGCUGAGCUGAGCAAAGUGAAAGCACAGGUCACAGAUGGGGGGAGCAGCCAGGCUCUGCAGGACAGGAUCGAAGCUCUACAGACAGAGCUGCAGACAGUCACCCACAGCAAGGCCAUGCUGGAGAAAGAGCUGCAGGAAGUGAUCUCACUCACUAGCCAGGAGCUGGAGGAGUACCAGGAAAAGGUCCUCGAGUUAGAGGACGAGCUCCAGGAAUCCCGAGGGUUCAAGAAAAGGAUUCGGCGUCUGGAAGAGCACAAUAAGAAGCUGGCAUUGGAGCUGGAACACGAGCGAGGGAAGCUGGCUGGACUGGGACAGUCCCACACUGCACUGCGGGAGCAUGCUAACAUCCUGGAGACUGCCCUGGCCAGGAGGGAGGCAGACCUGAUGCAGCUCAAUCUGCAGGUUCAAGCAGUUUUGAAACGGAAAGAGCAGGAAGACCAGCAGAUGAAAGAACUCGUUCAGAGGUUACAGGCAGCCUUAGAGAAAGAAAAAGCCAGUGUGGGCGACCUCAAGCAGCAGGUCGCAGCUGCGAAAGCCGAAUCAGCGCACAACCGGCGGCACUACAGAGCGGCGGCACUGGAGCUCAGCGAGGUCAAGAAGGAACUGCAAGCCAAAGAGCAGCUUUUCAAAGUGCUGCAAAUCGAAGCAGACAAACUGCAGGCACAGGACGAGAGGCAUUCCCAGGAGGUGUCUCAGUUCCAGCAGGAGCUGGAGGAGGCAAACUCCCAGUUACAGCUCCUACAGAAACAGCUGGAGGAGCAGCAAAGCAAGCAGCCUGUCACAAACCAGGAGGUGGAAGACUUGAAGUGGGAGGUGGAGCAGAAGGAGCGUGAGAUUGAGGCUCAGAAGCAGCAGCUGGAAAUGACAGAGCAGCGAAGCCACAAGGAACUGGAGGGCUUCCAGGCGAGUCUGCAGGGCAUCAAGGCAGAGCUGGAGGAUGUGCAGGAGGAGCUGACGGGUACCAGGAAAGACAAGUUCAUGCUUCAGGCUAAAGUGGUGGAGCUCAGAAACAGCAUGAAGACUCUACUGCAGCAGAACCAGCAGCUGAAACUGGAACUGAAGCAGAGCAGGAACAGAAAGCGGAUGGAGCUGAAGGGCGAUACAAACAUGUCCAAUCCAGUCACACCAGUGAAGAUUCCAGACUGUCCGGUCCCAGCAUCUCUGCUGGAGGAGCUCCUGAAACCCCCCACCUCCGUGAGCAAGGAGCCUCUCAGCAACCUGCACCACUGCCUCAGACAGCUCAAGCAGGAGAUGGACAGCCUGCAGAAGCAGAUGGAGGAGCACACGGUAACCGUGCACGAGUCCAUAACGUCCUGGACUAACAUGGAAGGACACCUCAUGGGACUGCCUGCUGCCAGCAGCUUGGCAGCUAGAGAUGAGCGGAGCGAGAGCGUGGAGCUGAACCACAGCGGCAGUGCCAGCGAGGCAGCACAGCAGUCCUAACACACAGGGCUGCAGAGUGGACAUGGUUUACUUCUCUCUCUGUUUCGUUUGGGUUUUCUUUAAACUUGCUAAUUUAUUAAUUGUUUCAAAUACUGCUGAAUGUUUUAUUAUUGUUAUUAUUUCUAAGAAAUCUUUUGUUCAUGACUACAACCCCCCCCCCCCCUUUUUUUUUUUUUUUUUUUGGUAAUUUUUUGUAAAAGUUUAAGCUUAUGCACAGGGCUUGGGUUGGCUGAGUCUAGAUUUAGUAACAGUGGAAAUGUAUUGGUGCACAAGCAGAUUCUCUCCCAUGCUUAUCCGUGCUGUUUGUCCUGUGUACUGUAACCCUAGCAUGCAGAGGGAACACUUUCCAGUCAUUCAGUGCAGUUAAUUUGUGUGAAAUAUAGUAUUGUCUUAAUGCAAAGCCCAGUAGCCUGGUGUCAGCCUAGUGCUGACUAACUCAGUCAUCUGGUUUGUAAAACUGAUCUCCUCUAAGAGCAGAUUUACAAAAGGGUAAAACUUUGAAUUGUGUGUAUUUCUCAAUUUGUUUUAAUCACUGAGGUGACGUUCAGCACAAUACUUUAAUCUGUAUUUCUUUUACCAAAACUAUUGAGAGCUGUUACCAAACUGACUUCUACCACAUGAAGUCAUGCGUAUCUACUACUGCUUUCAGUAUGUGUAUGUGAGGCUCUCUGCAAACGGCUGAGGGGAUACAAGCUCCAAAAUGACACUGUUUGUGGGGAAAAUAUUGUUUAUGUAUAAAUCUGCAUCUCUACUUGCACAAAAAAAAAGAUUAAGUAAUUUAUGUUGGGAAGAAGUAGUGUAGCCUUUAGUCUUGGGUACCUUAUUUAAAAUGGUUACAAUUGCAAUGUAGUUUAUUUUGUAUCCCAGGCCAGUUUCAGGUCAUGCUUUGAGCUCCUCUGAUUGGUUACGUGUUCUGUAUCUGUAAUAAUAGUCUGUCUAUGCUUUAUGUAAAAAGAAAGCAAAGCCAAUUGUGUAAGAAAAAAAAAAGUUGCUUCUACAAAUGAAAGGUACUCUUUAAUUUAUUACAUUUAAAUGUUAUGUUUAUUUUGUUUUAUAGUUUUAUUUUUUUUUAAUUCAGAUAUAUAUAACAAAUAGAUAAUCUAUCCAGACUUGUUCACUCAUAGGCGGUCAUUUCACUGUUUUAUACAGAGUCGCCCAUUUGUGAAGGAGUCUGGUCUGGUGUGGGGUGAGCUUCAAAAAGAAGUCUGAUUGGUAUAUAUUCUGCUGUGUUGGAGCAUUGUCCUGUCCUUGAUAUUAUACAGUAGCUAGCAUAGUCUCAGCUGAACUAUUUCAAUAUGAUAAAGACUAUGUGCUUUACUUGGGAGUGUUGAAACGAGAUAUGUGUAUCCUAUGUGCACAUUUACUUCAAUGCUGAGAUACUCUGUGGUCAUCAGGAACACUAGCAUGACAAGCAGCAAAUGCAUUGAGAGGGUAAGGGAAAUAAAAGAAGAGAAAUCUCUUCUGUGGCACAUGUUGCCACAGGGGGGCGCCACCAACACAUUAGUUGUGGUGAAUGCAUUUGCUUCUCUGCCAUGCCUAGGUUGCUUCCUGCAUUUAAGAAGCAUGUAUUCCCUUCCAGGCUUGCUUUCACAAACAGCCUUUGACGUGCCGCGAUCCACUGUCAUCCUGCUCUGUAUGUAACAUACGCUGAAAUUGUCAAAUGAUCGAUCUGCCUUGCUGGAAUACUUUAUACUGUAGAAUCAAUCCCUAACCCCAGUUGUGAUCUCUGCUCUUUCUUCCCAGCUCUUUCAUGUGUGCUUCCCUUGAGGUGUAUGUUUGUGGGCUCAGAAAGUGGGCAGUUCUACCCCUGUAUCUAAUUCAGAGCAUAUCUAAUAUACGGUUCUUUCAUUUUCCACAAUGAAACUUCUUCCCAAGCUGGUGCAGGUUCCAUUGAAUUGUAAUGUCCAAGAUAAGUAUACUGUGUUUGAGAAUACACUUCAGGAGCUGUGUGCACUUUCUGGGUGUACUGAUAAUGAAGAGAGCAUUGUUACAGUCAUUUAAACAGGGUUUUUUUUAAUGUAAGCUGUUAAAGGAGACAAUACUGAAAUGAAGGUGUUUGUGUAUUUUUGUUUUAGAUUGCAUAACUCAAUGGAUUGCAACAAAAAAAAAAGUGGAAAAUGUAACCUCUUUAAAAACCAUUUACUGACCUGUUUAAAAAAAAAAAAAAUGAUUGAGUACUGUUCUGAAAAGGGAAAGCUACAGUGGCUUACCAAAGACAUGGAAGAAAAAUUAUAAUGUUUUGUUGAGAUGCUAAGAUAAUAAAUCUUGCUGUUUUUUUUUUUUCUCUCCAUGUCCUCAGUGAGCCACAGUACAAUACUAAGGGCUUGUUACAGGCAUCCAGUGAUCGUUUUAAAAAGAAACUUGAUUCAUAAAAUUCGACCAUCAUGUAGAGUCUGCUGAAAGCAGUGGACGUUAUCCUCUAAUAUUAUAAUCAAGUUUCUUUUUUUUUUGGUGCCACCGAGUAUUUUAAAGUUAUCAAUGAAUGGCUGUAGACGUUUUUGCAUGUCUUCUAAGCUUAAGAUUCAAGCGUGCUGCUAGAUUCCUUUUCCUCCCUAGCCUGGCGCAGGGCAAAGCGUAAUCAUUGCCUUCCUUCUGCUAAGUACUUGAACUCGUUGACUCUGCUCCAUUCCUUAAAGAGGAUGCAAGAGACCAAAAAUACAAAUGUCCCAUGUAUGACUUUAUGAUAAAGAUUUGACUGCCUUCUAGGAGGGGUUUGUUGAGAUUUCAGUAGGAUGCUGCGUACUGAAUGCCUGUACAGUAACCCUGCUGUGUGUCUCUGUUGUGGUAUGGGGGUGUAGUGUACAUAGUUCUUAAGAAUACUAAUUCUGUAAUCCAAGUUUGAUUUAAACUGCAUAAAUCUUCCCUGACACAGAGAAAGAUACCAUGUACAGUUAAAAAAAAAAAAAAAAAAAAAAAAAAAAAGGUUCAAUGCAUGUUAAUAAAACUGAAGACGAAUUCCUCAAGCUUUGUGCAAUAAACUAUUUUUCGGU